AUGUUUUUAUUAUCAACCAGCUGUGCGACUCCAAUUCCAACACCGGAACUAACAACUCGCAGGUACAACUCCUACAACGGCUACAAUAAAACUUACACUAUACUCGGCAGCCCUAAAUUUAACACUACUGGCCAAAAAACCUCCCUUGUCCCCCAAAACUUUAAUAUCAAGUCAAAGAAAACCAAAAAUGACACGGAAUUAAUUCAUUCAUUUAUUAAAAACAAUGUAGAGGAUUUAAGAUUUCCAAAUAAGACCCUUAAAAUAAAGAAGGUCACAACUAAACCAAAAAUAUCCCAAAAAAAUAAACAACCCGUAAAACUAGUUAUCGAAAAAAAUAAGAAGAUUGGUAACUCACGACGCAAUCAAACUACUUCGCAGUUUAAUAGAAAACAGCCGUCAGUUUUUAAAAUAAGUGCCAGUAAAUUGUCGGAGAAUCAUUCCAAAGAGGAUUGGAGUGUUCACAAUAUUCCAAUACCAAACCCAAAUCCCGUAGUAUCGAGUUACUCACCCGAAUACCCCGUAGGAACGAUUCCUUCUUUUGAUGAAGACGAUUCUAUAGUUAUUCUUCCGAGUGAUCCGGGAAAUAUGCUCACUCAAUCCGUAUUUAACGUUAAUGGAAACGGCGCCGGGGAAAAGUACGACAGCAAUUGUCCCACCGUUCAUUUAACGAAUUCCGUCCUUGGACCAGAAAGUAAACAGGGCUGUUCCGAUUUAAACAUCGCAAUAAAUACGCAUAUUCAUCAAAAUCAAAUACCCCAAAGGUUACCAUCAUCGCCAUCAGACGAAAUACUCGAAACAGCUAGCUCCGGUGGUACACCGAAUGCCGUUGUGCCUCCGCCGACAUUGGCAGCGGCCGCGCCCUUGGAAGCUGCCGCGGCUGAUCCUAUCGGAUCGGCGGUUGGCGGAGGUAGCGCCGGCAGUAGCGGUGGUGGCGGCCCGUUGAGCGGCGGCUUGCCCAGUUUACCUGAAUUGCCCAAAUUGCCCAAGCUCCCAGAUUUGAAGCAAAUUUUGGAAUUUUUAAAAUUUUUAGGACCAGGUCUAGGCUUCCUGAGGGAAGUUUUAAAGGCGCUAAGUCCGCUUGUUUACAUUGUUCCACUUGUAAGUUUUAUAAUUGGCUUCAUUAGUAUUCUUCCCUUGUAUCCUUGGUGGCUACCACUUCUGUUUCUUUUUGGUAAAAGUAAAGAGCCAUCACGUCCAAAAACCGAAAUCGUUUACCAUAAACACGUUCAUAAGCCUAUUCACCAUCACGAUGGGUGGUUUUGGAAUUCGGGGACGCAGACGUGGGUGAAUGUUGAACAGCGUGCGUAUGCGCGUUCCGAUUUGGAUUUUAACCUUUUCACGUAGUAGGUACUAUGAUGAUGACCUUUGAAAAAAAUCAGAGCGACCAAGAACUGUUGCUUUUGUGCCAAGGGUCUUGCUUGUUCGAACCUUUCCAAAGUGUAUCAACAGAACGAAUGAAACGAGACGCGAAGUGUGAUAAAUCUUGUCAUCUCUCAUAGUUGUCAAAACUGCUCGAUGGCAUCAAGCGUUUUAAUUUCAGGUCGUCCUUUUAUACUGCCACAAUAAUAACUGUCAUAAUUUGUCAUUGACGUUCCCUUGCAGACUAAGUGAAGGGUAGGUAAUCCAAAGGUUUGCGGAUUGAGUGGUGAUGCGAAUCCUUCACCCAAAAGCGGCUCAUUCCUUUUUUGUGUAUGUAGAAGAAAGAUACAAUAAAACAACCUCGCCCCACAUUGAAAAGUUCACUUUACAUAUUAAAUUUCUUUUUGGUGCAAAUCUAAAAUACAUUUCAAUAGCAAUAUAGGCUGGUACUUUACACAGUAGACCGUGUUCAUGUUUUGCAAAUUUGCAUCCGAAAUCUCAUGGAACAACUAGUUUAAACAAUGACUGCUUUAUAAAUUGCUAUUGUAAUGUAUAGAGUAUUUUAGGUAUUUAUUUAUAUGUAAGCUGUAUAUAGUUGUACACACUUGUAUUUAUGAAAUAAAUAAAAAUGAUAUUUUACAUGUUGUUUACUUAGUUACGUUGGAUGUACUAUUGUUCGUUUUGUAAUAUGUAAAAAAUGUACCGAUAUUCUUGAUCACCACACUCAACAUGAUUCUAUUAUAAAAGUACGAAUUUUUUCUAGAACUUUGGUGUUCUACCAGUUGGUUUUUCUACUUUGUAGGUACCUAAAUUUUUACUUUGUUAUUUUAAUUACAAAGUUAAAAAUUUUUAA